CUAUAGUGGACGUUAAACCUUGUGAGAGUCUAUUACAAGUCUACUUUUUAAAUUGUGGCUGAGAUAUCGAGCACCUGCAUAGGUUAAAUAUGCUUAGUUAACACUUUGCUGUGUUAUCUUCCUUGCAGAAUGCUUCCAAAAGUACUACCCCUCUUGGUCUACCCCUGGAUCCUGGUUGUGGCCGGACUCGGGGCUGCUUCCAUGACUGCCAGAGAGGCAGGUGCACGUACAUCGUCACGUGGGUGGAUGCUGGGGACGUCAUCACAUUUGACAUGAAGAAGAUCGAACCAGCAAGGAGCGAGAGGUGGAUGGCCAUUGCUUUUUCAGAGGACAGGAUGAUGGGAGACGAUGCAGUCAUUGAAUGCGUAAUUGACGCCGGGUUUGUCCGCGUGUACAGCUCUUACAACGAUGAUAAAAUCAACAAGCGCAUGGAAGACAAAACUGCUGGUCUGAGUAACGCUGCCGGCUCCUACGUCAACGGCGUCCUCGAAUGCAGCUUCGACCACGUUAAGAAGGACGACUUCUACCCACAUCUGAAGGACCUUAACCACGACUUCUACCUUAUGUUUGCCGACGGGGAUGCCAUUAGCGGUAACAUCUUCCCUCACCGGUACGACGUGCUGCCGCCAGUGACUGACGUGCCAGUUGACCUGCAGAGCAUGGAGAGUGUGGGAGGUGAGGGGCCUAGGUUUCCGCUAGUGCUGGCUCACGGCUGCAUUAUGAUCAUGUGUUGGGUGCUACUUCCGGGUAUUGGGAUUGUCACAGCCAGGUACGGAAAACCACUGCUGCCAAAAACUCACUUCUUCGGACUGAAAAUAUGGUUUCAGAUCCACCGUGGAUGUAUGAUAACAUCAGUGUGUAUGACGCUCCUUGCGGCACUUAUUGUUGUCGUGGAGUCGGAGGGAUACAGCAAGAUUCCAAAGAUUCCAGGCAAGCAGUAUCAACAGCUGCAUCCUCCUCUCGGCAUCAUCGUCAUCAUCCUCGCCAUCACCAACCCAAUCAUGGCGCUGUUUCGCCCUGGCCCUGAGUCUGUAGGGAGACAACUCUUCAACUGGGCCCACUGGGGUGUUGGGGUUGUAUCGGCUGUACUGGCAAUCAUAACUAUAUUCAUCGGCCUUGACCUAACAAAGGCAGGGUCAUCAACAGCGCCGAUGGCUGUCAUGGCGGUUUACGUCGUCUACUUAGCUGCGUAUCUAGUUGCCAUGGAACUUCUGCCAACUAUUCUCAAGACACUUGCAGUUAAACAGACCAAGUUCGAAUUGAGUGCCAAUCUGAAUUUGAGGCGUGGUUCUCACAAGGGGUACGACGUCACUACCCCUCUCCCCACAGCUCCUGUCGCUGUCAUCACUCAACCCCCACCAACCAUAGAACAGGAGAACCGAGUCAAGACCAUCAUGCUCUUGAUUCAUUACGUCAUAACCGGUCUGCUCUCUGUCGUCAUGGUGAUUCUUUUAGCAACACAUCCUCACUGAACGUAAUUGCUAGGCCUUUGUAACAUAUACUUGUACAGGAAGUCCGUUUGAAUGUUAUAUGCUUAUGUCAAAAUUGAUUUAUAUGUACAUAAGACGAGGCAUACAUUUGUAUGAGUUUAGUGUCAUGUAUCUCACCAUGUGAUGUAUGGCCAAUAAACUGAUGACUAUGUUGGAUAUCGAAGAAGAAAUAUUGUCUGUUUAAUCCUUUUUACAACGUUUGUUGCUUUUUAUUGUGUAUAUUUCUAUAGGUAGUCUCCUUUGAUUUAUUUAGGGCUCAACUGUUUGUUUUAGUCCACUUGCUGUGUAGUUUAGUCCAAAUGCACAUAAAGAACUGCAGCUGGAACAAACUAACAAAAGUGAUAGUUUGAGGCCCUGAUAAUAGUAAUUUACUGUAUAUUAGUACACACUGUUAAGAUGUAAGGUUUCAAAUAGUUCCAUUACUUUGCAAGAAAUACAAUAAACAAAAAGCAAAUGUUCAAAACAGUUAAAAAAAGCGGUACAAUUCUGAAACGAAAUGUCAUUGCAUUAAUGGUUCAUUUUAAUGUUACAUAUAUUUUAUAUUUCUCUGUGUAUUUUUCCUAUGAUUUCAUAUGAUAAUAUCACCGCAUUCGAUGCUGUGGGCUGCUUAUAGUUUCAUAUUCCUGUCGAUAAUGUAUUUAUAUAUGUCCAUACGAUGUGAGAGUUCAAAUGGUUACGUAACUCUGUAGGAAAAAUGUGCAUUAUUUCUUCAUUUUAGUUUACCACGAGCAAAUUUAAAUGAAAUGUUAUUAUGU